AUGGGACGCUCGCACCACCUAAAAACGUGUCGAGUCGUCGACCAGACCGGUCGAACAUCCUGCAUCGACGAAAGGACGGUUCCGCGUUCUGGGGUGCCGCUUCACAGCACACAGACGCAAAGCCUUUUUCGACUCAAGGUGUAUGACUGUCGUCAGCGAGGCGAGCGACGUGAUCGAAGGUCGCAGCCGAAGCCAAGGUGA